AUGAAACGCAUUACGGCGGAGGAGACCACAUGCCGGCUGCAUACGAUCUUCACGCGUCUCGGGUACCCGGUCACGAUCACGCUGGACAACGCAAGGCAAUUCAUCAGCACGCAUUUCGACGAAUACUGCAAACUUCACGGGAUCCAGCUGAAUUACUCGACCCCGUACUGGCCGCAGGAGAAUGGUUUGGUGGAACGCCAGAACCGUUCACUCCUCAAGCGAUUGCAGAUCAGCCAUGCCACGGGACGGAACUGGAAAGAAGAUUUGAACGAUUAUUUGAUGAUGUACUACACGAGCCCUCAUGCGACGACCGGAAAAACCCCUACGGAACUAUGCUAUGGCAGGACGAUCAGGUUGAAGAUCCCCUCUAUCACAGACAUCGAAUCGACCCCCAACAUGGAUGAUGUUCGUGAAAGAGACCAUCUUCUGAAACAAAAGGGAAAGGAGUCCGAAGACCGGAAACGACGCGCCAAAGAAUCUGACUUGCAGGUUGGUGACUCGGUGCUGAUGAAAAAUUUGCUGCCAGGUAACAAGUUGACCCCAACUUUUGAUCCCAGCGAGUACUUGAUCGUUAACAAAGAGGGACCUCGAGUUACGUGGCAAAACAAGGUCUCAAACAAAUUCUACGAGCGAAAUGUGACACACGUGAAACGAAUCCCACCAGCGGAACCGGAAGAACCAUCACACCAGGAACUAUCGCCAGACGACCCAAGUCUCGCUCGCGACGCCCACGCUGAACUCAUGUCAUCGCCGCCGGUUGAAGACUCUCAAACGCCUAACGUUUACAGGAGCCGCCGAAACGUGAAGCCGCCAGCUAAGUACAGAGACUACGUCGUUUCGCGAACAGAAUCAAAUUAG